AUGCGUUACACUCAACGUUCAUGUGGUCAUACACUAGUCAUAAUGGUCAAAGUACUUGGCCUUAUUCUAUUGUAUUGGUGUUGUUCUAUAUCACUAAUAUUUUUUAAUCGAAAAUUAUUUCGUGAUUAUAAAUUUCCAUUAUACAUCACCAUGAUACAUAUGAUUAUUAAAUUUUUAUUUGCAGCAAUUAUUCGUUUUUCAUUACAUCAUGCUUGUAAACAAGAGCGUACACAUUUAACAUGGCCAAUACAUUGGAAAAAAAUUGCACCAACAGGUAAAUUAUUUAUGUAUUUCAAUUUGGUAAAAAUAAAAAAGAUUUUUAGACAAAAAUUAGUUGAAUUUUUGAAAAUAAAAUUCUAUUUAUAUACGAUACUAAAACUGUUAGAAGUUUAUUUAUUAACAUUUGAAAAAACGAACUUUAUAAAUCAUAUCAUGUGUGCAAGAAUUUGACAUGUUGAGAAAAAUUUCUCUGAGACCGUUUAGUCGGCUUUUUCAUUAUUAUUAUCAGUUAAGGAUGCCCCUUCCCCUCUUUUUUCACCUUGUUUCCAAAUGUGGACCACAGGUCCGAUUGAACUCAAAUUUAUAGCAGAGAUAGAACAUCAAUAUAUUUUUGCCCAGAAUUUUCUGAGAUGAUCUUCUCUGGGUUUUUUGAAAAACUCUAGUUUUCAUCCAGUCACAUUACGACCCCUCGAAAAAAUAGUCCAGUCGAACUCACAUUUUUAUCACAGAUAUUUUAGACCUUAUCUCCGGGUGUAAAUUUUUCUUUUCGAAAAAAAUGCUUUCCUUCUCGCGAUAGUCAAAAAGUUCUAAAAAACUUGUAUAAAAAAUCCGUCUUAAUAUGAAUGGAUUGAAGGGACUGUCGAAAAAACGCAUAAUGAGAAAAACACAUAUUGUACACAGAGCUCUGUUUUUUAGGGCAUUUGCAGUGAUGCUUAUAUCUCCACGAAAAGUCAUCGGAAAAUUCUGGAAGACAUCUUAUUUUGAAGAGCACACUUUCUUCUAUCAGACUAUGUAAAAGAAAAAGUUUUAAAUAUAUAGGGAGAAAAGAAAAAAUUGAACUUGAAAUCUUCAUAAUUUUUUCAAGGAAGGUCAUGGAGAGCUGGGAGUGGUCACAUUUUAUAGCCCAGACUUUCCUCUACAUUAGACUAUGUUCAGCUCAAAAUGGAAAGCUUUUUUUGCAAAAAAGACGAGGGGGG